UGAUUCACUGCCUUCAUUCUCCCCUUUUGGAUCUGUACAGGACUCUAACUGCUCUUUUUUUUUUUUUUUUUUUUUUUCUCAUUGAAAAUUAAGGAUUCUCUUUCUACUGCAGCAUGGAGACCGCCACUGGGGAAUAUGUCGAUAACUAUGAGUAUUAUGAUGACAAUGAGACCGCCUGUGACUUUUCAGAGUGGGAGCCCUCCUACUCCCUUAUCCCCGUCCUCUACAUGCUCAUCUUCAUCCUGGGCCUGUCAGGUAACGGCGUGGUCAUCUUCACCGUCUGGAGAUCCAAAUCUAAGCGUCGGGCCGCUGAUGUCUACAUAGGAAACCUGGCCCUGGCUGACCUCACCUUUGUUAUAACCCUACCUCUCUGGGCUGUGUACACAGCACUGGGCUACCACUGGCCCUUUGGUGUGGCUCUGUGCAAGAUCAGCAGUUACGUUGUUCUGGUCAACAUGUACGCCAGUGUCUUCUGCCUCACCUGCUUGAGCUUUGACCGCUACCUGGCCAUCGUGCACUCUCUGUCCAGCAGCAGGCUUCGCUCUCGAGGCACCAUGCUGGCCUCCCUGGGUGCCAUCUGGCUCCUGUCCGGCCUCCUGGCGGUGCCCACGCUGCUGUUCCGCACCACCGUGAAUGACCUGAACAGCAACCGGACCACAUGCGCCAUGGACUUCAGCCUGGUGACCAUGAACCAGAGGCACGAGUACCUGUGGAUUGCAGGACUCAGCCUGUCCUCCUCCGCCUUGGGGUUUCUCCUACCUUUCUUGGCCAUGACCAUCUUCUACUGCUUCAUUGGCUGCACCGUCACACGUCACUUCAACAACCUGCGCAAGGAGGACCAGAAGAAGAAGCGGCUGCUGAAGAUCAUCACCACCCUGGUGGUGGUGUUUGCCAUCUGCUGGACUCCGUUCCACGUGCUGAAGAGCAUGGACGCCCUCUCCUACCUGAACCUGGCUCCGAGCUCCUGUGGGUUCCUGCGGUUCCUGCUGUUGGCUCACCCCUACGCUACCUGCUUGGCCUACGUCAACAGCUGCCUCAACCCGUUCCUGUAUGCCUUCUUCGACCUGCGCUUUCGUUCCCAGUGCCUGUGUCUGCUAAACCUGAAGAAGGCCAUGCAUGGCCAGAUGAGCUCCAUGUCGUCUACGCUCAGUGCGCAGACUCAGAAAUCAGAGAUUCAGUCUCUGGCUACCAAGGUUUAGAGAGUAAGAGGAGAAGUGAAGCGGGGCUGCGGGACAGUCCUGACUCCUACCACUGGAACACUUGUAAAAAUACAGACUUUAUGUGUCCAUUGUUCAAAGCUGGUAAGACGAGAUGAUGAACUCUGAAUUGUCACUGCCUACGGUCAUGAAAUCCAUUGUAUGUCCCUCCAAUUCUGCAGCAAGAGAGGUCGAUGAUCUGCGUGCCGCAUGGACUUGAGAAGCUGGAGUCAGCCGGCUGAGCUCCAUUAGCUGCUUCGUUCCUCAAAUUCUCAGAGAAAAAGUCUAUUUUUGUUUUGUUUUGUUUUGUCCUGCUCUGCAAAUGUUCUCAUUUAUAUCACGAAAGAGGGCAGAAUUAUGAAUCGAUUUGCAUGAAAAAUCUGUUUACACUGGAUGAAUUGUAAAGCUAUACAGUAUUUUCAUACCAUUUUGUGUUCAGAUGUACUUUUUGCUGUUUUGUUUUAGAAGCACUUGUUAAAAUGUGUGAGCAGGGAAAUCAAACAGAGCAAUGUCCUCUGAAAAAAAAAAAAGCCUAAUGUUUGUGAAGGUAGAAGUCUGGGCUGCAGGAGGGAGGGAGGGAGGUGUAAGAGGAGAAAAGGUGUUGCAGCUUAAUUAUAUAGUUUGUGGAGAGGAGACGGGGGCAGACAGGCAGAUGGCAGUUGACAAAUGUUGUUGAGGAACAGGAGCGGGGUGGGGCGGGAUGGAGGGGUUUUUUUCUUAGUCACGGCACUAAAGGGGACAAAGGAACCUUAUAAAUGUUCCAAAAUGUUGUAUAUGUUUUAUUUUUUGACAUCACUGUAACUAACUACUGUAUUAAAGAUGUGUGCUAUGAACCAGA